AGGCGGGGUUCCAACCCGACAGUCCCCUCGACCCGAGUAGUGAGCAGUCAAAUACGGGACAAGGCGCCAAACCAAUUUCGCCCAAUAUACGGCAUGUCCCGGCCGAUACGGGACAGUUAGCAACCCGAGGCAGCGCCUUUGUCCCGAGGCGGGUCAUGUUGCCCAAGUAACGAGGCGCCGUCCCCACGGCAACCCGUGCCGGGCUGAAACACACCCAAGCGCCGGCAUCUGGGCCCCGAGUUCCGAUCGCAGCCGCCGCGUUCCGCUCAGGGUCUGCAAAACCACAAAGAAACGAUGGACGAGUUUGAAGACCAAUAUCGGACCAUCUACCAUGAAAAACCCCCGAUUAGAAUGCCAGAUUCAAAUAUAUUGUACGUAAAUAAUGCCACCCGGAUAUUGGAGAAACGACGUGAAUUGGCAGAAGUGGAAGAAGAUCUCAUUAAUCAAAGGGAGGAAUUCCAUGUGAAACUCAGAGUCUUGAAGCAACGAAGGGAAGAUCUAUUGGAAAAAGAAGAAGAGCUUAAACUGUCCAUACUUAAGUUUGAUAAAUUCUUAAAGGAAAAUGAUGCCAAACGACUCAGAGCCAAGAGUAAACAAAUGUCUGAAAGUGAUCAACAAAGACAGAAAGAGAGAGAGAUUAUUACAAUGGAAAAGGAAUUGGACUUUCAGAUCACACAAAGAGGAAAGCUAAAGGAGAAGACAGAGACUCAUGCCAUGUAUCCAAGUUUUUUAGAGAAUGUAAUUAAAACAGGAGAUAAGUUUCAGGAUAUCCGAACGGUGACCACUCGUUUUGAGGCUUUGUUGCAUACAUACGACCUGCUAGUCCGAAAAUACCAAGAAAACCAAGAAACCAUAAAGACAAUCAAGUCCAAUCUACAUAACUUCAUAAAAACAAAGAACAAUGAAAAUAUGAAGUACCAGAAUAUGAUUGCGGGGCUGAAAAUCCGCCUGGAAGCAGCCAAGACUAAAACCGUAAAAUGGGAAUCCAUAUGGGUACACAUCCAAAAUACAGCUGCAAGAAAGACUCUUACUCUGGGCAUGGUAAAAAUGGCAAUUUUUAACCUUUACGCACAUAUUAAAGAGGCAGAACUGGAUUUGAACAUUGCAAUAGAAGACACAACUAACCAGCUUAGUGUAGUGCAUGAAUAUAUUUUGCAAUUGAGGGAAAUUUUACAUGAGUUCAGAAAAUGGAAAGUUAGCCUUCCUUCUGCUGCAUUAAAAGAAUAAAUGCUGCAAAUGAAUUUAUACUGUUAGGAAAUACUACGGAAUGAAAAAUUAAGUUUCACAUGUCUACAAUUGAAAAUAAAUUGAUGCAUUAGUAUUUAAAGGACAUAUAGGUAAAACUCAACUAUAACUGUUCAUAUUUCUGUCAAAUCCAUAACUUGUGUCGGCUGUGAAGUAGGUUAUGGCUGUGUCCACAAUUGUUCAAAAGCCUAGAGAUUCAGAUGGUUCUCGGGAACUGGAAAAAAUCCAAUUAAUACACCUUUCUUCAAACAAGGUGAAGUGAUAAACUGGUAACGACCAAUAAGUUAUGAUGUUGGACCAAGGUCCAGAAACAAUAGGCAGUGAGAGAAUUAGAAAGUAAGUGUGGCUUGAUCAUCAAGUCCAUGCUGGCUUUCUCUAAAGGCAAAUCAAGUCUCACUAAAUUGAUAAGUUUCUUGAAGCAUUAACAGAAAGGGUGGAUGAACUGUGAAAGGCGAGAUAUAAAGGGACAUCCAAAAGGCAUUUGGAUAAGUUGCUACAUAAUAGGCUUGUUGUCAUGAUUAAAUCCAAUGGAAUAAAAAGGGCUUUAGAGCAUGAAAAUUGGUCUUAAACCCCUUUUUCACGGGGUGACUUGACGCAAGAGUUAACCAUAGUUGAACAUCGUGGGAACCUCUUGCGAUAACCGUAGGGCAUUCGUGGACCACCGUGGCGCUAACGGCAGGUACUCGUGUAACUUGGUGACUCAAGAGAAAAUUCAAACAAGCUUGAAUUUCUCCAAGCGUGUACACUUGUGGUUGAACAUUGCAACAUUAUAUGCACGUAGUGGCCAGUGCGAUAUCCGUACUGACUCUUGCGUGUACCGUGGGAACUCCUGCGAACGGUGAACCCGGAAGCUGGACAGAGGGGACAGAAGGUGAGUAAAAAUUGUCUUCUGUGGGAUUGAAUUUAAAAAAUAAAGAUUUGCAUCCGCAUAUGGACAUCAACUUAUUCAUGAGUUAUGUUAAUGUGAUUCAAGAAAAUAACUAUAAUCUUUAAAAGGGACUUUACUGAAAGGUCCCGCAUUUUUAUGGUCCGUGAGAAAUUUUUCACAUGUACUUCUUUGAGAGAUACAGCUCGGAGUCCUCGCCGACCAGCGAUCGAUGCCUUUCCGAAGCAGGGUCCGGAACGCUACCAAUCAAUGUUUGCCAGAGACCCGUGUAAAGGAGUGAACUGCACAUGCUGGUUUAAAACGAAGACAGACACAAAAAGCUGGAGUAACUCAGCGAGUCAAGCAGCAUCUCUGGAGAAAAAUAGGUGGUGUUUCGGGACGAGACACAUCUUCAGACUCAAUUCCGAUUAGGAUGUCUGAAGAAGGGUUCCGAUUCGAAUCGCCACCUAUUCUUUUUCUCCAGAGAAGCUGCCUGACCCGCUGACUUACUCCAGCUUUUUAUGUUUUUCUUCCCAGAUCUGACUUGCCUGCUAAGUUACACCAACAUGUUGUGUCCUUUUGUGCGUAUUAACCAGCAUCUGCAGUUCCUUUAGACAUUACCUAACUUCAGAUUUUAGAGAUAUAGCGCGGAAACAGGCCCUUCGGCCCACCGAGUCCGCGCCGACCACCUAUUCUUAUACACUCCAGGGACAAUUUUACAAUGUUACCGAAGCCGAUUAACUUACAAACCUGUAAUCUCUGGAGUGCGAGA